CCUACAGGCCUUUUGCGCCGCACCGGGACACCACCGCGCAGACGCCUUGGCGCGGGGCGGGGCGAGGCCAGUACGCCUGCGCUGGCCGGGCUAGUGAGACAAAAAGGAGGACCCCCUGGGGGCCCCGCCCUCCAGCUCCGCCCCGAGCGGCCCUAGUGCAUGCAGGCGUCAGGUUCCCGCGGCCCCACGACCCCUUGGUCUGCGCUCCUGCUGUCGCCAUGUACCCCGUGGAUCCCGCAGUCAGCUCGGCCCUGCACCGGGCUCCGCAGUGCGGCCGCCGCCCCCCGCUUGGAGGCCCUGCCGAGGCGCCGCGGCCCCCUGUGCCUGUCCCGGGCUCCGCCGCACGCCCCCAGCCCCUUGCGCCGGUACCGCGGUCCGGCGUGGCGGCAAAGAUGGCUUUCCGCAAGGCCUACUCCAUCAAGGACAAGCUGCAGGCCAUCGAGCGCGUCAAGGGCGGCGAGCGACAAGCCAGCGUGUGCCGCGACUUCGGCGUUCCCGGCGGCACGCUGCGCGGCUGGCUGAAGGACGAGCCUAAGCUGCGCUGGUUCCUGGACCAGCUGGGUGGCGAGGUGGGCACGCAGCGCAAGAAGAUGCGACUGGCUAACGAGGAGGAGAUCGACCGCGCAGUGUACUCGUGGUUUCUUGCGCUGCAUCGGCAUGGCGUGCCACUGUCAGGACCACUCAUCCAGGCGCAGGCAGAAGCUUUUGCGCGCCAGAUCUAUGGUCCCGAGUGCACCUUCAAGGCUAGCCAUGGCUGGUUCUGGCGCUGGCAGAAGCGCCACGGCAUCUCCAGCCAGCGCAUCUAUGGCGAGGUGGAGCCCCCAUUAGCAGGCCCCGUGCCCUGCCCUCCGGUCAAGGCAGAGCCGGCUGAAGCCCCAGGCACUGGCCCCCUGCUGGACCGGGCGCCCGUUGUGCUGUGCCCGGCCGAGGCGGGUUACGGCGACGAGCAGAUCUACAACGCCAAUGUCACUGGCCUCUACUGGAGGCUGCUUCCGGAGCAGACUGCGCCCUCGGGCGCCGGGGAACCUGGGGCAGGGGGCUGCAGCUGGCGCGCCGACCGAGUGACAGUGCUCUUGGUUGCCAACCUAACUGGCAGUCACAAGCUGAAGCCUCUGGUCAUCGGGCAGCUGCCUGACCCGCCCAGUCUGCGCCACCACAACCAAGACAAGUUCCCAGCCUCGUACCGCUAUAGCCCCAACGCCUGGCUCAGCCGCCCACUGCUGCGCGGCUGGUUCUUCGAGGAAUUCGUUCCAGGCGUCAAGCGCUACCUGCGCCGAAGCUGCCUACAGCAGAAGGCAGUGCUGCUUGUUGCCCAUCCGUCGUGCCCCACCUGGGCCACCAGGAUGGCCUCUCUGGAGGAGAAUGAGGAGACUGCCAGGCGGUGCCGGCCAGAACCCCUCGGGCCACCGGAGGAGCUGCAAACCCCCGAUGGCGCUGUGCGGGUGCUCUUCCUAUCCAAGGGCAGCAGCCAGACACACAUCCCUGCACCUCUGGAACAGGGUGUAGUGGUGGCCUUCAAGCAUUUAUACAAGAGAGAACUGCUGCGGCUGGCAGUGUCCUGUGCCAGUGGCUCCCCACUGGACUUCAUGCGUAGCUUCAUGCUCAAAGAUAUGCUGUAUCUGACUGGCCUCUCCUGGGACCUGGUACAGGCAGGCAGCAUUGAGCGCUGUUGGCUACUGGGUUUGAGGGCUGCCUUUGAACCUGGGCAGCAGCCAGCCUACCAAGCUGAGGAAGCUGCAGAGCACAGCAGGUUGCUCAGUGACCUCACACAUCUGGCAGCACUGGCUUACAAGCACCUGGCACCAGAAGAGGUGGCCGAGUGGCUGCACCUAGAUGAUGAUGGGGGCCUCCCUGAUGGCUACAGAGAGGAGGUGGGCCCUGCAUCGGCCCCUGCAGCUCCACCAUCCCCAGCCAGUCUGCCCUCUAGCAUGGGAGGUGGAGAGGAAGAGGAAGAGGCUACUGAGCAUGAAGGGGUAUUGGUGCCUACUGCAGGGGAGGCCAUCUGGGGACUAGAAACAGCUCUUCGGUGGCUAGAGAGCCAGGACCCCAGGGAGGUGGGGCCAUUGAGGUUGGUGCAGCUUCGAUCACUCAUCAGCAUGGCCCGGAGGCUGGGAGGGAUUGGGCCCUCCCCAGCGGCUCCUGAUGAUGGUGUGUGACCACGCCAGCCUAGUAACCUUUUCCUGCUGCAAUCUCCCAACUUGCCUGGGAUGGCCCACCCCAUGGGUUCAAAGAACAAGGGUCCCAGCCCAGCUUGGGCUCUGUUGGUAAAGGGUCAUCCUGCUCCAACGGUCUAUAGUCUCUUGCGGAGGAUUGCUGAACGAGAGCCCUGGCGGAUCCUUUUCCCCAGGCAGGACACACAUGAGGUUCCCUCCCACACUCUGGGCACAUGCUCAGCACCUAUCCAAGAACAGUUGACUAUGUUCCACCCUGGCCCCUGAGGGGCUCACAUCUCUUCUUUCCCCAAUCUAUCAUAUGCACUGGAUGAGAUACCAGUUCUGUCUGUAGUGCUGGUGCUACCUGGUCCCAUCAUCUUAGUAGGGAAGCACACUACUCAGUUUUUUUUUAAACACAUUAAAUUUGUGUUUAAAGAGUCUUCAGAAGGGCUUAGGAGAAUAGGAGAAAAAUAGGGUGGUCUUGGCAGCUUUUGCUAUUGAUCUGGAAACUGCUCUCCAGCCCCCAGCCCAGACUCACCUGUUUACAGUGAAGUGGGGAAGAAGGAUGGAGCCCAGUGCUUCUGAGGUUCUGGAUGCAGAUUUUUGUUCCACUUGGAUUGUUAAUCCCUUUAGGAAAAAUCCUUUCUGAACAGGGGGUUGGCAAAGACCAAUGACAGGACAAACUCCAGUUUCCCAUCAGCCACAGACUACUAUUGCCUCAGUAACUGGAACCAGCCUCCUGAUCUUCCUGGGAGCAUUGACAGCAUUGGGGACAAUCCACAGUGCCUUAAUCCCAUUCCCUCACCCCCCUAUUCUUCCAUCUCACCUUCCCACAUGUACUUUUCCACCUCCUGAUACUGCCAAGGGUGUGGUUGAGAAGCUACUUCUGAGUGGCCCCCUUUGAAAGAAGAAGGAAAAGUUUCAAGUGAUUGUUCAGCUCUUAACACCAUUUUGACCCUCUAGUUUGGUUUUUUUUUUUUUUUUUUUUUUGUCUUUUUCCUUUUUAUCGGUACCGGGGAUCGAACUCACAACUGCCUGCUUCCAAGGCAGGCGCUUAUGCCGCUGAGCUAAAUCCCCAGCCCCGACCCUCUAGUUUGGAUCCAAAAUCUUGUUAGUGGUCUAGGCGCAAGAGAUACCCAUGUGUCUUGAAGGGCUUGCCACCUUUGUAGAGAUACUGCCCCAAGUCCUUGUUUCAGCAGGAGGUUAGGUCUGAGGAGACUGCAUACUCCUAAUGCUCUUCCCUUAUCCUGACCACGGAUGUCCUAGUAGUCUGAGUCUUGAAAACAUAGAAUUGGUGAGUGUGUGGGGCCUGCAUGUAUGUUCAUAGAAGGGAAGGCCUAUGCACCAUCUUGGUGGUAGGGUGGGGCUGGGGCAUCUCCCAAAAGCAAUUUCUAUAUCCAAGACAAACGAUUCCUUGGAGAACCUGCUUCCUCUACCUAAAUACACAUGCAUAUCUCAAAUCUGAGAACUGAGGAAAGGUAUGCAAAGUUUGGAAGCCAGAACUGAGGGUCACCUAGCUGGACUCAGGCAGCAGCCUCUAUCUGUACCUGCCAAGACCCAUUUGGACUCUCCAUAUAAGCAUCUCUGAAUCUUCAGAGGCAUGGGCAGUCAGGGCUGGCUGAGGGUCUCUGGUCUAAGCAUCUGCAACUAGGCUUAAGGGCAGUUAUAGCCCCUAGUCAGCCCAGGAGACUCAGAAGUGCAACUCUGAGAAGUGGGUCUUAGCUACGAGUGGACACAUAUGCAACCUGGAUGGCUCUUUGUUACGCCUUUUGGCCUGGCAUAUCAGAGCUGCUUGACUGCUUUACCUUUACUGAGGUUUCCAUCUCAUCUAUCUUCUCAUUUGCCCUUCCCAUUGGCCUGGGUUGGAAAGGCUUGAGUCAGUGUCUUAAGAAAUGGUGGGCAGGGGUGGGAGUAGGAUGUCUCACUUGUCUCCACCUGUCUCAUCUCUCUCAUCUGGGCAUUCAAGGUCUAGGAGGAGGCUCUGGCCUUUCCCUGGCCCCCUAACAGCCUAUCUACAAAUAAGGCAGAUGUUAGCUCAUAGCCAGUGGGUUUGUCCCAGCAUUUACUGUGCUGGGAAACCCACCAGAAAGCUCAAAAGGUGAGUAGGGCUGGGAGUUUAGGUCAAAAGUAGAGGGGGCUGGGGAUUUAGCUCAGCGGCAUAAGUGCCUGCCUUGCAAGCAAGCGGUUGUGAAUUCGAUCCUUGGUACCGAUAAAAAUGAAAAAGACAAAAAAAAAAAAAAAAAAAGUAGAGCACCUGCCUAGCAUGCAGGAGGGGUUGGGUUCAAUUCUCCAAGAUACAAACAAAAGGUAUCAUCGUUACAGGUACCCAUUGGUAUUCCUGUGGUGCCAAGGCAAGGGUUCCAGUGGCUGAGCUGAGCUGUGGAGAAGGCUGCUCUGCCUGGACACUUGGCCCUGCCAUGGAUCCCUGAGACACUGGGGCCCUACAAAUGGUGCACAGAUGGCACAUGGGAAACUCAGCUCCAUUUGUAGCUCUGUUACUGGUGUGCAGCCACCUCAUCUCUCUGAGCUCAGCUCAGUGUCUCUGAAGUAAUGGGAACGUUCCAGGAUUUGUGGAUCCCUGUGGUAUGGCAAGAACACAUUAGGAGGGCUGUACACUCAGGCCUGCAUAUCCACCUGGCCUGCUACUCACUGCUGUUCCCUUUUGAGCAUUCUGGUUUUGGUUUGCCACGUUUAGUUUGGACUAACACAAGUCAGCAAGAAGGCUGAAGUGGCAGUUCCUUUUGGCAGCUGCUGGCCACUUGCCAGGUACAGGUACCAUGCUGGAAACUGGAUUUCUUAUCUUGAAGGAUUUCCCCUGAUCCCUGCAAAGCAUGUGAGGACCUGGGAAAGGUGGGCAGCUGUCCUCACUAGGCAGCUCUGAUCCAGGACCUCUGAUGAGACAAGGCAGGUUUCCUCUCUUGGAGGGUCAUCAGGGCUCUUGGGCUGGGGAAAGGAGAGCAUCAGCACAGAAAAAGUCAAGUACACCACUUGUUGAAGCCACCACUAAGCUGCUGUUUUCAGUUGGGAAAAGAUGGCUUGCAAUGGUCACAGGCAGCCUUUCCCUCCAGAGGUCUGUGUACUUGGAGAGUGGCCACCUGGGCGUCAGCUGGGCUGCGGAUAGAAACAUGGUAAAAAAGGAUGGGGAGCAUCCUCUCUAGGGGCCUGAACCCAAUACUAUGGAAUACCCUACGGGAAUUGCCUGUGGGGAACCCAGCUGGGGCCUAGCAGAACCUUGCUGAGUUUGCCCAGGAGUGAGGUUUAUCCACCACAAUAGCAUGUUUUCACAAGGACUGUGGGCUUGUGGGUUCAUGCUAUGUUGAGGGGCCUUCCUCUAACACUCGACCUUGCUCAUAGCCAAGUUCAGAUGGCCCAUGGUACUUAUGUAAUAAAGGUGGAAUAUGUCAACUUCACAAA